CCUCCACCACCUCCUUCUUCGUCCUCCCCAGCCCCAUCCUUGUGGCGUCUGGAAUCAUGACGUCCGUCAGUAACGGAGGUACUCCGGCUUUACCGGAGGAGUCCAACAAGCCCCCCGAGGGUGUCGUCUUGCCACCAAAGGAUAUUCGAGCGAUCGUCGAGAAGACCGCCGGAUAUGUGGCUCGCAAUGGGAUAGUUUUCGAAGAUCGCGUCCGCGACAAGGAGCGCAACAACCCCAAGUUCUCCUUCCUCAACGAUGGCGACGCCUACGCGCCCUUCUAUCAAUGGCGCCUGGUCGAGAUUAAGGAGGGAAGAGGCACCGCGGUGGCCGCAGGGCGACCGGGCGAGUCGACCCCGGCCGCAGAACCCGAGAAGCCCCAGGGCCCCGCGGAGCCCCCAGAGUUCCAUUUUUCGGCGCGCAUGCCCAUUAUCAACGCGCAGGAUUUGGAGGUGGUGAAGCUGACGGCGCUCUUCGUCGCCAAGCGCGGGAAAUCGUUCAUGACGGCGCUCUCGCAGCGCGAGACGAGAAACUUCCAGUUCGAUUUCCUUCGCCCGCAACACAGUCUCUACCAGUUCUUCACGCGUCUCGUCGAUCAGUACACGAUCCUUUUGCGAUCCGAGGGUCUUGAUGAGGCCACGUCGGAAAAGAAACGCCUCGCAGAGUUGGAAAACAACACGAAGAACAAGUUCUCGGUCCUCGACCGCGCCAAGCACCGCGCGGAGUGGGUCAAGUACCAGGAGCAGCAGAAGCAGCAGAAGGAGGAAGAGGACGAGCAGGAGAAGAUCGCCUACGCCCAGAUCGACUGGCACGACUUCGUCGUCGUCGAAACUGUCACCUUCAGCGAGCACGACGACCAGAUCGACCUACCGCCGCCCACCUCCCUCAACGACCUGCAGACCGCAUCCCUCGAACAAAAGGCCAUGAUGUCGCUCAACCCGCUGCGCAUCGAAGAGGCCAUGCCGACCGAAGAAGAAGCACCCACCUACUACAACGCCUACCCCGCAGAACCCAUCCAACCCGUCGGUCCCGUCUUCCCGCCCCAGGGCUACACCCCACAACCCACCCCCAUGUCCGUCACUCCCAGCGCCGCCGCCCAGGAAGAAGAACAGCGCAUCCGCGAGCGCAUGGAAGCCCGCGACCAAGCAGCCGCCGCGCAAGCAGCCGCGCAAGCCGUCCCAGGCCAACACCAACCGAUGCGCAUCCGGUCAGACUACGUGCCGCGGGCGCAAGCCCGCCGCCUCAACCCAUCAGGCGCCACCGCCCUCUGCCCCAACUGCCACCAGCAAAUCCCCGUCAAUGAACUGGAGCAACACAUGCGCAUCGAGCUGCUCGACCCCCGGUGGAAGGAACAGCGCGCCAAGGUCGAAUCCCGCAGCGCAACCACCAACCUCUCCACGACGGACGUCGUCGGCAACCUCAAGCGUCUCGCCAGCCAGCGCUCCGACGUCUUCGACGCCCCGCUCGUCCCCGGCGGCGCCGGCUCCCCCGACGAAGAAGCCCGCAAGAGGCAGCGCAUGGGCUACGACGGCGCCGGUGGCCCGAUCCCACCGCCCAUGGUUGGACCCGCGGCCGGGGGUCCUCCCAACCCGCAAAGCAUGAACAUCGAAGAGCAGAUUCGACGGAUCCACGAGCGGAACAGGCCGCAGGGUCAAUAAAUAGGUGUAUAAUUGGGGUUUAAGCGGUUUCUUCUUCUUCGUUUUCUUAUUCUGAGGAGUUCAUGGUUAUCUUUUCUUCUUUUCUUGAAUGUCUACGAGGUGCAUUUUUCAUAUCCGGUGUAAAGUAAUCACAUGUCUAUCUUUUAUCAUCUCUUUUGAUCAUGAUUGGAAGGAAACAUAGGAGGGAGAAAAAGCAAUUGAAAGAUCGUACUACUCCCAGGUUGUUGUACAAUAUUCAAAGGGUCAUAGUUCUUUUAUUCUUUCUAUUUAAUGUCUGGCGCAGGGGCUCAUACCGAUUCC